GCGGCCAUUUUGGGAGGUUGGCCGCCGGUGGCUGGUCGGUAGCGGGGGCCGGGCUAGGUCCUGGGCUGUAGCGACAGCGGUGGCGGGGGGCAGUCUGCGAGUUGGCUAGUGUCGGGGGCGCUGCAGGGCUAGAGCUGUCACCCAGUGAUAACAGCGCCCGUGUGCCCCCACCAUGUCGGACUUCGACAGCAAUCCCUUCGCCGACCCGGACCUCAACAACCCCUUCAAGGAUCCUUCUGUUACACAAGUGACAAGAAAUGUUCCUCCAGGGCUAGAUGAGUACAAUCCUUUUUCUGAUUCAAGAACACCUCCUCCAGGAAAUGUGAAAAUGCCUAAUGUACCCAGUACCCAGCCAGCAAUAAUGAAACCAACAGAAGAACCACCUGCUUACACACAAAUUGCAAAGGAGCAUGCCUUGGCCCAGGCAGAACUGCUAAAGCGUCAAGAAGAACUGGAAAGAAAAGCAGCUGAAUUAGAUCGCAGAGAAAGGGAAAUGCAGAGUCUCAAUCAGCAGGGGGGUAGAAAAAAUAACUGGCCACCUCUUCCUGAGAAUUUUCCAGUAGGUCCUUGUUUCUACCAGGACUUUUCUGUAGACAUUCCUGUAGAGUUCCAGAAGACAGUAAAGGUUAUGUACUAUUUGUGGAUGUUCCAUACAGUGACACUGUUUCUUAAUAUCUUUGGAUGUUUGGCCUGGUUUUAUGUUGAUUCUACGCGAGGAGUUGAUUUUGGAUUGAGUAUUCUCUGGUUCUUGCUUUUUACCCCUUGUUCUUUUGUCUGCUGGUACAGACCACUUUAUGGAGCUUUCAGGAGUGACAGUUCAUUCAGGUUCUUUGUGUUCUUCUUUGUAUAUAUCUGUCAGUUUGCUGUACAUGUACUUCAAGCUGCAGGAUUUCAAAGAUGGGGAAACUGUGGGUGGAUUUCAUCUCUUACUGGUCUGAAUAAGAGUAUUCCUGUUGGCAUUAUGAUGAUAAUCAUAGCUGCACUUUUCACAGCAUCUGCUGUUAUCUCAUUAGUUAUGUUUAAAAAGGUGCAUGGUCUCUACCGCACAACCGGCGCCAGUUUUGAGAAAGCGCAGCAAGAGUUUGCCACAGGAGUGAUGUCCAACAAAACUGUACAGAGUGCUGCAGCCAACGCCGCAUCGACAGCAGCAACCAGUGCAGCUCAGAACGUGUUUAAGGGUAACCAGAUGUAGGGAAACAGAAGGCAUCAUCUUUGAUUGUAUUUUAUUUUCCAGUCACUUAAUAUAUUCCCUAAAAGCUAGGUCAAAAUUCACACAGCAUGUUUGCCUCUUUUGCAGCUGUGCAUGGAUAAAAUGGGAAAUGUUUGGUUUAUCUUAUUCUAAAUUUAUUUCUUUGAAAAAGAUAACCAUUAUUUGCCCUUCUUUAAGGUGUUAUAUUCUAGAAUAUAAAGCCUUCUGUAUUUUCUGGAGGAUAAAUAAUUUCAACAAUUGGCCUGAGAAUGAAUAACUAUCAAAUAACUAUUAAGAAUUUGGAAUUUUUUUUAAUGGUUCACUCCAGUAUUUUUUUUAACUUCAGGAAAGCACUUUGGAUCAAUUAUUUUACUUUGUCAGAACUGUUUUCUCUGUUUCUACUGUUAAGAACUGAGGUAGACUGAAAGAUGUAGGAAGUGAUGUUUGCCUGCUGGUUUUGCGGUUUCAGCAGCUGCUGGAGGACAAAUACAAGUAGGAUAGAUACUACAAAUUCUUGGGGAUCUUUUAGGAUAAGUCUUUUGAUAUAAACUUGUAAGUUUGCAUGAAUACUGUUGAGUUUUAUCUGAUCUUGUUUAAAUAGUGUUUUGGUCCAGAAUUUAUCUGCACCACUUUAUAACUAUAGCGAUUGUUUGUAUCUAUUUUCAUGGAGUAUUCUCUACCUGUGAGAAAUGACUGUGGUGCAGAAACAUUCUCUGUAAUAGAAAGUGUAAUGCAGUGUACAGUUUAAGGAAGUUAACUGAUAGUUUCAAUCACAGAGCUAAAUGAUUAUAUAUUUGCUAUUUUUAAUUUCAAUAUUCAUGUCUUGGGGUAAUAAUUUUGCUGGGAAAUAAACAAGCAUUGACUUUUAGAACACUAGUUUCUUACCCCUUUUUGCUCUUUACAUGCAGUUGUAAUUUUAUGUAUUGGGGAUUUUUUCAGUUUGUUUUUGUUAAAAUGUAUUUGUGUUUAACAGUGGUACUAAAUCUCUAGCCCAGCCAUUCUUAUUUACUGCUUGUCCAAAAACCUAACUAUACAGUAUUUAAUAUUCUGAAAGGAAUUGUGUCUAAACCCAAGCUUUUUAAGCAAUGGAAUUUAACAGAUACUUGAAUCAUUUAACAUUAUCUCAGCCACCUCUGUGGUGUUAUUUAAGCUGGGAGAAAAAAACUUUUAAAGUAUUUUGAGUUGGAAAAGUGAAAAAUACUCAUCUUCAACAAAGUUAAAUUUUAAACUUUAAACUUUUUUUAAAUUUUAAACUUUUACAUUUUAAAGUUAAAUUUUAACUCACUGAACUGGAGGCCUAUGAGGUUAAAUUGGUGCUGUGGAACUGAACAAUCCAUAAUGGUACAUGCCAUGAUCUUAUUCUGGAAUAUAACCAGGUCUUAAUAUAAUGUCAUGUUUCUCUCCUUUGAAGAUUAUUUAUUGUACUCAUUGCUUCAUGAGACUUGUUGCACAAGAUUUGGGCUGUUUUUUCAAACUUUGUUUUAGAAAAUGGAAACAGGAAGGACCACAUCCCAUAGCCUGUGUAAGUAUAUACUGUGGCUGAAAUGAAUUCAGCUCUGAAGGCAAAUUACCUUUAGUAAGAUGGCAUGAAAUUCUGAGGCCUUGCCAGAAUGUGGACUGACUUACACAGAUUCUUUUUCACAGCACGGUAUUCAAAAUGACAGAAGAGCAUUACAAAAAUAAAAAAAACUAGUUUAAUAUCUGAACCAGUAUUGUAUUGUGAGCAUGAAAUCCAUAUUAGUUUCUUUUCGUCUAAUUUCUUUAAAUCUGACUUGAAUUUGAAUAGCUAUCCUAGUUUCACCGUGCUGAAAUUCAUAUUAAUGAAUAUACUUGCUUAUGAAUGUUCUCUGUGUCACAAAGUUAAAAGCAAUUUAAAUAUUCUGUGUAAUAGGGUCUCUAAAAUUUCAUAUCACUGGACAUGCUAGCAUUGAACUUCAAUUUAUGUGGAAUGUUAUUAAAAGCUUUCCAGAUAAAAGUCACCAUUUUCCAUUGAGAUCAGACAUGAUCUUUCUAGCAGCUGUAUAUCAAGAUUGUUCGUUUCAUAGUCUUUUAAAUUUAGCUUGAACCUUGUGUCUCAGAACCUCUACUGUGGAUUACUUUAAAAUCUAAAUUUAAGCAGUUCUCUUCAUAUCUCUUGGAUAGUAAUUCCAGGGACAUAAUUCUUGCAAUUUAACUUAGUUGAAGAUUGCAUAGUAACAUACAUUACCAGAAUAUAUUCUGGAAAAAAAACCCCACUCCACAUUAGGAAUAAAAAUUAAAUUUGGCAGGUAGACUUUUCCCAAAAUGUUUAAAGGCUCUUUGAGAAAACUUAUUUAAUGUUCUAUGUGUAUGGAGCGUUGGUUUGUAGUGUCACGGGUUGAAUGUACAGAUUUAAAUGUCCUAAGUGAAAUUUAAGGUUCAGUUACACGUGAAUUGUUUAAACCAGAAAUCUCUGACACUUUGCAGCCUAAAAGGGAAGAAGUUUGAGUUUACCUUUGACAACAGAAGGCUGAGACUUGUUAAAAUAUUUUGUGCCUAAUGAAACUAGAUUUUACAGUCUCUUACUAUCAGAGUAUGGCACCCACAUAAGUUGUAAUUUUGUAAUUUUGUGGCAAAUUUGAGUACAAAGUAUUCAGUUUAAACACUGGAAUGUCAGUAAUCAUUGAUCUGUAAUAAUUUAGGAGUUGAUUUUAUUUAUCUGAGGGCUGUUUGUAUAUUUUGUAAAUUACUAGCAAUGCUCUGCCAUCCUGGUGAAUGUCAUGGUUCUGUACAAAUGCACCACUUCUGUCCCUCUGUUGCAUGUCUGAGUAGCUCAGAAGUUUUGUAUAUUUAUUGGAUUAAAACGGUGUCACAGAAUAAAAAAGGACUUUUUUCCUGGG